AUGGGCGAAAUAUCUUAUGGAGGGAGUGGAUGCCCACAAAGCUCGCUAUCGUUUAUUUAUACCAUAAUAUUCAAUGGAUAUACUUCUUCCAUGGGUACUAACAUCUCAGCCCGCGAGAAUCGCAAACACUGCCGGAUCAAUCUUAACAUACUAUAUCCAACCGGGAUACAGUACAGUCCGAUGAGCGUGGGCUACAGCGGUUACGCAAAUUUCGAAGAUGGUGUGCAAGGCCUGCAUCAAACGAGUUACUAUUUCUCUGGAUCUUUCGCGGGCCCGACUUCGGCGGCAUACAGCUUCGAGGAAGCCAUCGAUCCCACAGGCGCUGUUGUUUGGUCGCCUUGCAACAGCCCGAUACCCCUAAACAUCAACAACCGGGUUAGACUAACUGGGGAUUCAAACUCGGCAGGAAAUGGAGUGCUUUAUGACAGCGGAAUUCUGGAUUUGACUUUGCAAUGGAAGAGCUGCUGA